ACCGGAAACUCACUUAUAAGGGCUGCCAGCGUGAGCAGCUGCCUGGGGGUGUCUGCCCCUUCUAGGGCCCACUGGACCCCUGUCUGGGUCCCAGCUGCGCCCCUCUCUCCAGCACCAGGGGUGGCGGUGAGACUUGCGCCAUAAGGUUCUUGGCAGAAGCUUGGGAAGAUGUAGAAUUAGUCGUCGCUGUUGGAGGCGCUGCCUGCUGCCCGGCCCUCCGCCCUCACCUGCCGCCCCAGCCCCGCCUGCUGCGUCCCCAGGUGUUUUCCCAGCCUGGAUACUCCACCCAGACUGAGGUGUUCCACCUGCAGAUAGUCUCCAGCCUCAGCCAGCAGGUUUCUGGGCCCUGGGGCUGCCUGGCAUCUGGGGGUCUCCUUGGAGCUGGGCUCUUCUGGCAGAGGCUGGAGCUCACCGGUGUCUUCCAGCCCCUCCAUGAGUGAGGCAAACCAGACCCUUGUGGGGCCCUCGCAGCUCCCCACGGCAUCAGCUGUGUCCCCGGCACCAGGCACUGGGACCCGGGCAUGGCCUGUGCUGGUUGGGGUUGUGCUGGGAGCUGUGGUCCUCUCUCUCCUCAUCGCACUUGCUGCCAAAUGCCACCUCUGCCGCAAAUACCGUGCCAGCUACCAGCACCACCAGCUGCCCAGGCCAGGGAAGGGGGUCCACCCAGAGGUGGGUGAAGACGAAGAUGACGAUGGCUUCAUUGAGGACAAUUACAUUCAGCCUGGGGCUGGUGGGCUGGGGACGGAGGGUAGCAGGGACCACUUCUCCCUCUGAGCCCUGAUCUCUGAAUACCCCACCCCAUGCCUGACAGCUUAAGGAUAGUGGUUACUACAUGGGAGCCAUAAGCCUCAGGGACAGAGGUGGCUAUGACAUAAGGGCUGACCAGGGGUAGAGCAAUCCUUCCUUCCCUGACCCUAGCCACUAAAGUGACAAUGACCUUCUCUUGCUCAAUAACCCUCGAUGGCUCCCUGCUGUUCUCAGGAGAAAGCCUACUAAGGGCCUGACUAUGGAAUCAACUUCAUGGUUUCUUUUCUUGCCAUUCCCUUCUUAACUCUCUACUUAACUAGUUGUUUGUUAUUCCUCCUCUCCUCCCAAGUUCCUCCUCUGUGCGCCUUUGCUCCCACCCUCUCCCUGGCAUAGGUACGUCACCCUUUCAUUCUUCCAAAUCCUCUUUGACUGUGAUGAAAAUCCCUGGCCGAUAGACCCCCACCUGCCAGCAUUUCAAAUGUGCCCAGAUGAUAACACUUUAGCGGGUGAAAACCAGUGUGCCAAGUUUCUUUUUGACAUGUUUUCCUAUCAAUAAAGUGGGUAAUCGAAAUGGUUAUAAUAUAUUACAUUUUUCACAGGUAUUAAUAAAUCUGUUUUCAUUUUAAAUAAAAAUUGAAAGAAGUCA